AAAUAAUCCUAUCAGUGCUCUAAAAUAAAAUGACGGGACACUCUCAAGUGAUGGGCUUGCAGUAGUGGAGAAAGAAACGGUGGUAAACGCACAUGCGAAAGCAAGGCCCAAUUGUCUUACACUACUACACAUACAGGAUACAGCUACUACAAUUUCCCCACUCAUCACUCACUCAUUUUCUCUUUCCUCCUCCUGCUUUUUGUCUCCAAUGCAAUAAUUCAAGAGAAGCAGACAACCACCCACCGCUUCCCUUUUUCACACCACAAUCACACACACAUAAAAAACCUGCUUCUCCCUCUUAUUUCUAUUCCAUUGCUACUUUACUCAUCAAAACACAGAAAAAUGGGCACGCCUCGUAAAGCGUCUCUUGCAGUGUUCUUACUUCUCUUUGUUGCUCUCUGCCAUGGGGCAACUUCGGCGAACAAGAAGACCACCUACAUAGUCCACGUGGCGAAAUCUCAGAUGCCGGAGAGCUUCGAGCACCACGCCGAGUGGUACGCUUCCUCUCUCAAAUCCGUUUCCGAAUCGGCGGAAAUGCUUUACACCUACGAGAACGCCAUCCAUGGGUACUCCACCAGGUUAACGGAGGAGGAAGCUCGUUUGUUAGAGGCACAGGACGGUGUCCUCGCCGUGCUUCCGGAGACAAAGUACGAACUCCACACCACGAGGACUCCGUUGUUCCUGGGCCUUGACAAGAGCUCGGAUCUUUUUCCGGCGUCGGAUUCCUCCAGUGACGUCAUCGUCGGAGUUCUCGACACCGGUGUUUGGCCAGAGAGCAAGAGCUUUGACGACACUGGGCUCGGACCCGUUCCCAGCACGUGGAAAGGCACGUGCGAAACUGGAACCAACUUCACUGCCUCUAACUGCAACAGAAAACUCAUAGGAGCGAGAUUCUUCGCCAAAGGCUACGAAGCCAUGCUAGGUCCAAUCGAUGUGACUAAAGAGUCUAAGUCCCCUCGCGACGAUGACGGCCACGGGACCCACACCGCCAGCACCGCCGCGGGAUCUGUUGUAACUGGCGCCAGCCUCUUUGGCUACGCACAGGGGACGGCGCGUGGGAUGGCCACGCGCGCUAGAAUCGCGGCAUACAAAGUAUGCUGGAUCGGAGGGUGUUUCAGCUCUGAUAUUCUCGCCGCCAUUGAUAGGGGCAUUCAGGAUAACGUUAACGUUCUUUCUAUGUCCCUUGGUGGUGGAAGCUCUGAUUAUUACAGAGACAGUGUUGCAAUUGGAUCCUUCGCUGCAAUGGAGAAAGGGAUUCUAAUUUCUUGUUCUGCUGGAAACGCUGGUCCCAGUCCUUCGAGUCUCUCCAAUGUGGCACCAUGGAUCACUACCGUGGGCGCGGGUACACUUGAUCGUGAUUUUCCGGCGUACGUUAGCCUCGGUAACGGGCUCAACUUCUCUGGUGUUUCCUUGUAUCGAGGUAACGCUUUACCUGAUUCUCCAUUACCGUUUGUUUACGCUGGCAAUGCAAGCAACGCGACGAAUGGAAACUUGUGCAUGGUGGGAACACUAUCGCCGGAGAAAGUUGCCGGGAAAAUCGUGUUGUGUGAAAGAGGAGUUAGCGCCAGGGUUCAGAAAGGUGCUGUGGUGAAGGCUGCUGGAGGAUUGGGAAUGGUGCUGGCUAACACCGCUGCCAACGGCGAAGAGCUUGUGGCUGACGCGCACCUACUUCCGGCGACGGCGGUAGGUGAGAAAGCCGGAGACGCCGUCAAGAAGUAUCUUUUUACUGACGCUAAGCCAACCGUGAAGAUCGAUUUUGAAGGGACUAAGGUAGGGAUCCAGCCGUCGCCGGUGGUGGCGGCGUUCAGUUCCCGUGGCCCCAAUGGUUUAACGCAACAGAUCUUGAAGCCUGAUCUGAUCGCACCGGGUGUCAACAUCUUAGCGGGUUGGUCCAGGGCGGUGGGUCCCACAGGCUUAGCCGUUGAUAACAGGCGCGUGGACUUCAACAUCAUCUCCGGCACUUCAAUGUCGUGUCCUCACGUGAGUGGCUUAGCUGCGCUGGUCAAAUCGGCUCAUCCUGAAUGGAGCCCAGCUGCGGUUCGGUCGGCUCUCAUGACAACGGCAUACACGGCUUACAAGAACGGCCAAAAAUUACAAGACAGCGCCACCGGAAAGCCAUCUACUCCGUUCGAUCACGGAUCUGGACACGUGGACCCCGUGGCGGCCCUUAAUCCUGGACUCGUCUAUGAUCUAACCCCUGAAGACUACCUAGGCUUCUUAUGUGCUUUGAACUACACCGAAGGUGAGAUCCAAAGCGUUGCGAGAAGAAAUUUCAAGUGCGACGCGGGAAAGGCUUACAGUGUGACCGAUCUCAAUUAUCCUUCGUUUGGUGUGGUGUUUGAAUCAUCAACGGGUGCGGUGAAGCACACGAGGACCCUCACUAACGUGGGACCCGCAGCAACGUUCAAGGCUUCUGUGACGUCAGAUUCCCCAUUGGUGAAGGUAUCGAUUGUGCCGCAGGUGUUGAGCUUCAAAGAGGGGGAGAAAAAGUCGUAUACAGUAACGUUCACUUCAUCUGGUGCGUCCCCACAUGGUAAUGCCUUUGGACGGUUAGAAUGGACGGAUGGGAAAACUGUGGUUGGAAGCCCAAUCUCAAUUAGUUGGUUUUAAGUUGUUAGGAAAAAAAUAAAA